AUGACGAACAAAUGGUAUCUGGACAAAAAUACAACUAGUUCAUAUCUUGUAAGAAACGAAGAUUAUGAUAUCAUUGAUACACGAAACGGCCUUCAUUUACAAAUUGAUAUUGACGGUGAUCGAGGUGGUCAUACUUUGUAUCCAGCAAAUUCUUUUACUUAUCAAGAUAUUCAAGUUACACUUUCUGCAGAAAAAAUUCCAAAUUCAGAUUACAUUAACAUACAUCAUACUGUUUCAAACAAAGGAACUCAAACGCAUAUAAUAAAUCUUCUGGUGAAUUCUAAUAUAAAAAUAAACGGAACAGAAAAAUGUAAUCAACAUAACAUUGAAGGAUCUAAAGGAGUUGAAUUUCAAGCAAAUCCAUAUGUUAGAUUUAUUCUUAGGAACUCUUCUAAUGUUACAAAUGUUGACACUUACUCAUAUCAUCAAUGUGGUUCAUUUGGACCCCGAAAUAGUUGUACUGAUUGGAUUGAUAGAAAUGCAAAUGCUAGGAUUUAUUUUUCAUGGCAAAAUCAAAUAAUUCAACCAAAUGCUCCUCAAAAAACAUUUUCAUAUAGUAUUGGAACAGGUGAAUAUCCCAAACGAAAAGUCAUAUGUAAUACUCAAAUUGAAUCACGCUAUGAUACUUCAAGUGUAAUAGCUCUUUCUAUUUCAGUUGAAUCAAUAGAUCCAGGCCAAUUAUUUUCCAUUUCCAGACAAAUUUUUGAUAGUUUGAAUAAACCUCUUAGAGAUAAAGAAGAAAUUUCAAAUCAAAAUGAUGAUGGCACCAAAUUUACACAUGAUGACAUAGUCACUCUUCCUAAUAAACCUGGUAAUUAUAUAAUCAGAUACACAGUGAAAGAUCCAUAUGGAGAAGAAACAACAGAUGUCCCUAUCUUUGUGAAGUUAAUUCCAACAAUUGAAUUUAUUUCUGCAAUAAAUUAUACCCAGAAACCAAAUUCGAGUUUUUCUUUCAAAGUCGAAAUAACAACUGAUAUAUCAUUUAAUUUCUCCGUUAUUGAUGAUAAAAACUCAGAAGUAUUUCAUCGUAGUCAAUCAAUAAAUGUUAAAGAAACAAAGGAAAUUACAGUUGAAUUUAAUUUAGCUGGGUAUUCAGAAGGACCACAUCCAUUCCGUCUUUUGGUAACUGAUGAUAUGGGAUACACAAAUGAAACUACAUUCUCAAUUUCUAUCAGCAAAGUUCCGACACUUAUAUUAAAUACUGAUUUUAAAAAAUUCUACAUGCCCAAUGAAGAAGUUGAUUUCUCAGUAACCAUGAAUGAUGACACGAACGCUACUUUGUGUGUUAAAAGCGAAGUUAAUUCCUAUUAUUUUUUCAAGAAUUAUUUUUUGAAUAAUGAAGAAAAAACUAUUAAUAAUAAGUUUCAAAUUAAGGACUAUGAAGUUGGAAGCAAUCAUACUUUCUCUAUUUAUUUAGUUGAUGAGUUCGAAUUGAUCAGUGAAAUUUAUAACCACAGUUUUACUGUGAUUGAUGGCAGUCCAAUGAUUAAACUAUCAGAUGUUAUGCAUCCUAUUUCAAUUGAAUCACGAAACAUGAAGAUAUCAGCAUUCUAUUACAUUUGGCCAGGUUCAUCCAAAGCAACAUUUGUUAGUACAAUCAACAAACUCACAAACAUCACACUCCAACAAGUUGAAGAUUUUACAGUUGAACAAUGGAAUCCAAUUGAGCUUAGUGUUAGUGAUACAUACUUAGAAAGAAAUACUAACAACAAUAUUUCAUUCUAUGCUAUUGAUUCACUUUCACGCAUUUCCAACACUGUUGUAUAUACAUUUGUCUUUGGAAAUAUAAAAUGCGACUAUACAAACUUUUAUCGCAUGUCUAGCUUUGCAGCUAUUGCUGCUAUGCAAUCAGGAAAGAGGUAA